UUACGUAUCCUGCCUGCCUUCGCUUUCUGCCAAAUGGCGGCGACAAGCUUGGAUUCAGAGGCCAGCCCUUGCGAGAUGGCCAAAAUAUCGGCAAAGGAUGAGCCAAGCUCCUCCAGCGAAUCAUCGACAUCGUCAGAGGACAGUGGCAUGGAGGCUCUGGAGGGUCCAAAUGCACGGGUGCCAAAGACACCUCUUGCUGCGCAGCAACAAGGCCAUCAAGGUGGCCAAUGUGAGUAUGCUAAAAAGAUGAAAGAGGCUGCCAGCAGAAAACGAAAUGAUGGAGGAAAAGCAAAGGUGCUUGCACUCAACAACCUCAAGAUGGAGGUGAAGAGUGAAACCAGUGACGACAGCAGCAGUGGCAGCAGCUCGCCAACGAGCAGUAACAGCAGCAGCGACAGUGAUGAAGAGGAGGACGAUGUUUGCGACUCUGACCUAGAUGCUGAAGAGGAAGUAGACCAGGAGGUGGAGCUUGGAGGUGACUCAGGCUUGAAAGACCUGAUCUUCACGCAGGAGAAAGUACCUCCUGACGCAAGCUACAUCGGGGAUUGGACGGGUGCACCGUCCAUUGGUUCUUCAGGCUUCAACCGCUUCGCCGCCCGCGUCAUGUGGAACGCAGGCAUUGGGAAACCCAAAAAGAAGGCCAGUGCCGAAGGCGACUGUCCAUCAAUGCAGCCACAUCAGGAGGCAGUGGCGUUCCUUCUGCAUCCGCAAUCACCCAUCUCACGACUGCUAGUUGAUCAUCCAACGGGAUCAGGCAAGACCAGAGAGAUGAUAAAAGUGCUGGACAACUACUACCUCGAUCCGCGGCCCAAAGUUCCAAUCUUCCCCAAGGAGCCAGUGUGCCGCAACUUCUAUGUGGAGCUGCUGUGUUGGCCGAGCAGGUAUAGAGACUUUUUCGCGUGUUUGAGGCCCCAGGAUGCUACCCGUGCUUGUGGCCACGACGAUUGGAGAUCCUGCCGUUCUCAGUUAUGGGACCUCAGAGAAAUCCCUGGCAACGAGCUGAAAGAGCUUUGCAGCAACUUGCGGGCAGUCCUGGAGAUGAAGGGGUGGUUCUACAUGGGCCGCAUGAGAAGGUCUCGGCGUGAGGCCUUUCGGAGCCGCUUCCCGGACGAAGAGGCACCAGCAGCACCGCUCCGAGCUUUGCGCUACACAUCUGCAGGAGGCCGUCAUGCUGACCUGCGCCCUGAUGGGUGGCCGGUCAGUGCUUUGCUCAAGGUUGCUUUCAACCGUCAAAGAGACGGUGGAAAUGCGUACUCGAACAAGGUUGUCAUCAUGGAUGAGGUCCACAACUUGGUGAGAUCGCAGACGCAAUACGCUGAGCAGCUGGCAAAGCUCCGCAGCUUGCUGUCGGGAGCGAGUGGUACAGUCUUGGCAGGCUUUACUGGAACGCCUAUUCUCAACAAGGCCAUGGAAGGUCGGCAGCUCUUGGAUAUCAUCAAAGGGGCCUCAGCUCCUCGUGGUGAUGGUGGUUUCCUCUCAUCCUUCCCUAUGCGUCCAGCCGGGUUAUUUCCGACCUCCUUGCCUCGAGGUGUGCCUGAUGCCCUGCUGACUCCAAACCUGCGGCGACAGUUUGUGCGAAAGGUGACACUACUCGCGGAACCUUUGAAGCGCUAUGAUGCAAAGCGCCAGAAGGGGUUGCCGGAGAGAAGACUUCGAGCUUAUUGCAACCUUUGUGUUCAUUUUGGUAGCCUUCACGAUGGAAAGAACGGAAGCAAGGCGCGUGUAUUGGCAAACAUGGAAGCUUGUGCUCCUAAGCUCUAUGCCAUCGCAACGGAUGUGGUUGAUCAUGAGGAAAAGGCUCUCGUUCUUGUUGCUCGCAAUUCUGGGCUUCUUGCCUUCUUGGAGCAUUUGAAGGAGAGGGCAGCCACAGCGGAAAAGCCCUUCCACGUCGCAACCAUUGAUGAGUUGGCUGAGUUCAACUCACCUGGAAAUCUGCGAGGUGAACUGUUUCGUGUGUUGGUGGCGGACGCAGCUCAAUGCUCUGAAGGAGUGAGCUUCUUUGCGGUUCGUCGGUUGCACCUUGCUGAUGUGCCAGUAACUCCCAGUGCUUUGGUGCAGUCUGUUGGCCGGGCAAUCCGUAUGUAUGGCCACAAGGGCUUGCUGGAGCAUGAGCAAACAGUCACAACAACGAUGUGGGUGGCAGUUCUGCCUCGUUGGAUGCGCUCUCCCCUUUCAGCUUGGGCAUUUCGUGCACAAAAACGUCGUGAACCAGAGGAGAUGGAGCUUGGUGCCAGGCGUUUGCUCCGAUCAGUCAUGGCUGUUGGCCUGAAGGAUCUUCCAGCACUGAAAGCUCGCAUCGAUAGCUGCGGUGGAGGAGUGGCAGAUUCUACUGGGCGGAAAGCUCCUCUGACUCCUUUUGCCAUUGCAGCAUUCCUGGAGCAAAUCGGGAUGUGGGAGGAGGCAAAAGUGGCCAGACAACGUGUAGGCAGCCGUCCACAGGGGCGCCAGAAGCAGAAUCCAUCCAGAGGAGGGAUCGGAAACUCCAUGAAAAAGAAGGUGACUCCUUCGAAGCUGUUUGCCCCAAAACUUGAGAUGAAGAAGGAAGAGACGAAGGUCAAGGCAGAAGCGAAGGUCAAGAAGGAGUUGCCACCGCAAAAGAUCAAGGUCUUCAAGAUUCCUGGUUCGAGCUCAAGAGCCCGACAAGUUGCAACCCCUCAGGUCAUUCUGGCUGGAGUGUCUCGCGAUGGUACUGGAUGCUCCACAAUGCCACAUUCGUGUGACCCUCAGGCUGCAGGUUCCAGUGUUGAAAACCGACCAUUGGCUGCGCUCCUGGAUGAAUGCAAGAAGGCCAGUGGCGCAGAGGGACAACCCAAAGAUGAAGCACAACCGCAGCAUGAUGAUUUUGUGUGGGAGAGGGAUCCCCUCAUCCGAGCCUUGCAGUGCUUGUACUGUGCGGAAUCUGCUACUGAUGCAGAGAAGCGGUUGCAUCUCAGCCCUUGGUCUGCAGAUGAAGAGGCCUUGAAGAACUUGUCCCAUUCAUCACGCGAGUUUGUACCUGCCCUGGAGGAGCUUCGCAAGAAAGCAGUGGACCGUGCCAUUUUGCUUGCGGCAGAGCGGCGGAAAAAGGCAGGGCAUGAAGAAGUCGGACAAAGUGAAGGGGAGAGUAGUGCUAUCGAUUUCAGCAUCAGCGACCACAACGGUGAAGAUGGAGAAGUCAAAAAGCCUUUCUUGCCAGUCGGUUGGAGAACUGAAACCUUCCGAUUGAAAGGUCGCGAGCGACGGGAGUACAUUGAUCCUCAUGGCAAGAGAUACCGAACUCUCGCAGAAGCAAAGAAGGCAAUUGAUGCCGAAAGAACCAGACAGAAUAUUGCAAACUUGUUGAAGCAAAGAGUCGCAAAAAUGGAUGCACUUGCCAAGAUUCAAACGGAUAUUGGACAGCAAGAGCUUACACCAGAAGCCAAGGCAGCUGUCUAGCACAGCAGGGUGUGCAAUGUAUUUUGCCACUUCGGUGACAGUUGCCAGGCUGAUCAAAACGUGAAAAGACAGAAGCUCACCUGAACGGAGCUGCAUUCCAGAUCAUUUAAGACUAGACGCAAGACUAAGACAGAGCUUGUUGUCCAUUGGUCUCCUUGUUUUUUCUCCGGGGACAUGUCAGUGCCUAUGGUCACUGGCUUGGGGUUCGGGGUUACUUCGGGUGUCAAGGCUGUGGAGGGUGAAAAGGCAACAUUGGAA